CAACCCGCGCAUCCUCGACAAGCACAAGGGCAAGGAAGGUGACUGGUGGCACCCUAAGUGGUGGAAGGCGGACACCAUGAGCGGCCAGGCAGUCACAUUGAAGAACAUGGAGCAGGUGGUGUUCUACCUGAAGCAGAUGGCGCCAGAGGAGGCGGAUGAGAAGUAUGAGAACGUCAUGCGCCAACGGCACAUGUUCAUAUACAAGACAGAGCCUUCCAAUCCGCCAUCUGCGUCAGACAUCAUUAUAGACAGCAUGUGCGAGUACGCGCUGACUGGCUAUGGGGGCACCGCCCUAAACGAGUUCGAAGAUCUGGAUGUGAAGCAGGAAAGGGACAGGAAGAGGAAUGUGGCGGCGGCCAAAAAGGCAAAGGACAGAGCAACGUGACAGUAAUAAUGCCUUUGAUUUUUCCUGGCUAAAAUAAUGUGUUUUUGAGAAUUAGGUUUGCAGGCAUCCAGGCAAACCGAGCGGCAGAAGUUACGCUGAAGUUUCCGAGGAUAUCCUCAUGAUGAGGGCCAGGGGUAUGCGUUAUCUACUUAAAAUUCCUUAAUUAAGCUAGUUCCAGUUGCCUUCCCAAAAUUAACUUGAGGCACACAUGCAGUGUGCCAAAUUAGCAACGAGGGCCCAGCUGGGAAGAACAAGCGCCUUUAAGUACCUAUGGGUGGUAAUAUCGCAGGAAUUGAUUAUUGGGUUUCUUAUAUCGUCCUGCAUGUGAUGCAAUUGCAAGUUCUUCUGUAAUUUAGAUUUGUGC